CGUCAGCCAAUCCGGCAGAGGAAUCGUAAAUCGAGAAGGGCGCCAGAAGAUCGCAGCGGUGGGCGGGGCUUGUCCGGCCUUUAUAUAGUGACGGGCCUCACCGCAUGUCGCAGUUGUCUCUCAGGAAGCCUUGUCUCCAUCUUUAGGGCUUCGGACGAGUGUGGUGUAGGAGGCGAGGGGCAAGCAUGGCGGAGGCGAGCACCUGCAGCAUGGAGAACUUUGUAGCCAAGUUGGCCAAUGGAAUGAACCUGUCGACUGCAGUAGAAGAUGUUUCCUGUACUACACAACCAGAGAGCAGCGUCGUCAAGACAAAUGCAGAAGACAUGACCUCUAAAGAUUACUACUUUGACUCGUAUGCGCACUUUGGUAUUCAUGAGGAGAUGUUAAAAGAUGAAGUUCGGACACUGACCUAUCGAAACUCAAUGUUCCACAACAGACACUUGUUCAAGGAUAAGGUUGUUCUGGAUGUGGGCAGUGGGACGGGAAUCCUCUGCAUGUUUGCAGCUAAGGCCGGAGCAAAGAAAGUUAUUGGGAUUGAGUGCUCAAGUAUCUCUGACUAUGCUAUCAAGAUCGUGAAGGCAAAUAAACUGGAUCACAUUGUUACCAUCAUCAAGGGGAAAGUGGAAGAGGUUGAAUUGCCUGUGGAAAAAGUUGACAUAAUAAUCAGUGAAUGGAUGGGAUAUUGUCUAUUCUACGAGUCCAUGCUGAACACUGUAAUCUAUGCCCGGGACAAGUGGCUGACACCUGAUGGUCUUAUUUUCCCUGAUCGUGCAACUCUUUAUGUAACUGCAAUUGAAGACAGACAGUACAAAGACUACAAAAUCCACUGGUGGGAGAAUGUCUAUGGAUUUGACAUGUCCUGUAUUAAAGAUGUAGCCAUUAAGGAGCCACUUGUUGACGUUGUCGAUCCCAAACAGUUGGUUACAAACUCUUGUCUCAUCAAGGAAGUGGAUAUAUACACAGUAAAGGUGGAUGACCUCAGCUUCACAUCUCCAUUUUGCCUCCAAGUGAAAAGGAAUGACUACAUCCAUGCCCUCGUUGCUUAUUUCAACAUUGAGUUUACACGUUGUCAUAAGAGGACGGGCUUCUCUACCAGCCCAGAGUCUCCGUACACUCACUGGAAGCAGACGGUUUUCUACAUGGAAGACUACUUGACUGUCAAAACUGGGGAGGAGAUAUUUGGAACAAUAGGCAUGAAGCCAAAUGCCAAGAAUAAUCGAGAUCUGGAUUUUACCAUGGACAUCGACUUUAAAGGUCAGCUGUGUGAAUUGUCGUGUUCCACCGACUACAGGAUGCGCUGAAACAAAGAUGACUAAACCAUUCGACCAGACAGAAGAAAACAAUACAUCAGAUAUACAUUUAGCUGUGUGGUUUUAUUUACAUAUAGCAUACACCUUUUUAACUCCCUGCUGUUUUCCUCAGUGGGGUAGAAUAUUUUAGAACCCUCCCCCCUGGACCAGUCUGUAAAUCAGCCUUGGCCAUCCUGAUGACUUGGUCUUUACCUCCAAAAAAAUGGCUGCAUGGCUUGAGGGAAUAUCAUCUAGCUUUAGAAAGCUGGUUAUACUCUGUAAAUAUUGGCCCUGAAAGGGUUUUGUGUACUGUUCUCAAACUCAUCAGGCUUUGCUAAGACAGCAGGCAUCUCUAAUAGAGGCCUCUUAACCUACUUCAGAGGACCUGCAUUUUUUUUUUGGCAAUGCCUAAACAGUUUAUGAACAAAACUACUGCCAUUCCUUUUCGUGCAGUAGCCCCCAAUUGUGUUGCGGUGUCGCUCAUCUCCUACAGUACCUCUUAAGCAUAUCUUAAUGUUUCCGUUCCAAACAUCACACAUGGUGAAAGCAAAUUACACUCUCUGGAUGCUGCUGGAAUGAAAGGGAUAGACUGUUGGAACCCGAUGUAGACACUAAAAUUGGUCACUCCUGGUUGCAAGCAGUGUUUUUGUCUCUAGACACCCCCACACUCUACAUUGCUGUGGAGCAGUGGGCUCUUAAUCUGCCAUUUUGUACGGUUUUGUACGUCCUUUUCAGAUUCCCACUUGGAAAGGUGUUUUUUUGUUUUACAGAUCAAAUGCCCAUUGUGAAUUUCAUAAGUUAUGGUUUUUAUAUGGUUACAUUCAUAAUGAAAUUAAAAAGUGAACUGUGAUGUA